AUGUCCUCCCCGACUGCAGGUUCAAACCUCCGCCUCCCCACUGGCCAAACACUCGUUAUCCGUAAAGACGCGUCUUCACACCUCAGCUUCUCCGUUGAGGCACUCGGCUCAUCAACCGAGUACCCAGGCUCCAUAGAAGUAACUCACGGCUCGCCAACCGACUUCCCAUCUAGCACCUCUGACACAAUUACCUUCUUCUGCCACAACCCUGACUCGUCUCCAGCGGUCUACAGGCUGUGGUUAGCCCUCUACUGGUAUUUCUGCCACCCUGCACCUAAACCUGCCGCAAAAAAGGACCCGAGAAAACCCUGGGUUGUCAAUAUCAAUACCACCACCGGGCUCUUCUCUGAUCCAGUAAGCGUGGAACUCGGAGCUGCAGUAGGGCUACUCUCGUACACUUCCUCGUCCCCGACCGCGGAGGUCCAUGUAUAUGCUGCCCGUUCGUCGUUCUGGCAAGUUCCCUGGAAGGCUGUUCACGAACGCCUCUAUCCUAAGCCUCUCGAAUACACCAUCACCAACGGGAUCCGCCAUCCUCUUCGCCCACGUCCGCAACAAGGCAUACUCUACGAGCGCUGGGUUCCGUCCUUGCAGGAAUUCAUUAGCUUUCGCCUGGCCUCUGCAGAGACUGACGCGGAGCUGGUUCACCGGUGGAUGAACGAUCCGCGGGUCGCCGAGUUCUGGGGCGAGGACGGUGGGGAUGUUGAAAAGACACGGGGAUUCCUUAAGAAGGGACUAGAGAGUAGGCAUUGUUAUCCCGUGAUUGGGUUCUGGGGGAACGAGCCAUUUGGGUAUUUUGAAGUGUAUUGGGUGAAGGAAGAUAACUUGGGCAAAUUUGCGACAGGCUGUGGGCCGUGGGAGAGGGGUGUGCAUUGUUUGGUGGGGGAGCAGAAAUUUAGGGGGCCCCAUAGGGUGGGCGUCUGGAUUUCAAGCUUGGUGCAUUAUAUGUUUCUGGAUGAUCCAAGGACGCAGACUGUGAUGCUGGAACCAAGGGUUGAUAAUGAAAAGUUCAUCAGAUACCUAACCGAAGCGGGCUUCUACAAAGAAAAAGAAUUUGCCUUCCCGCACAAGCAAGCGGCGCUUAUGAAGCUUGAACGAGAAGCGUGGGAGACUGGUCCACUGCUGUAA